CUGGGCGCACAGAACCACCAUGCCAAACUGGGGAGGUGGCAACAAAUGCGGCGCCUGUGGCCGCACUGUCUACCAUGCUGAGGAGGUGCAGUGUGAUGGGAGGAGCUUCCACCGGUGCUGCUUCCUCUGCAUGGUCUGCCGGAAAAACUUGGACAGCACAACUGUAGCAAUUCAUGAUGCUGAAGUCUACUGCAAAUCUUGCUAUGGGAAAAAGUAUGGCCCGAAAGGUUAUGGAUAUGGCCAAGGGGCAGGCACACUCAACAUGGACAGGGGAGAGAGACUAGGCAUCAAGCCUGAGAGCACACCCUCUCCUCACCGACCCACAAAUCCAAAUCCUUCAAAGUUCGCUCAGAAGUUCGGAGGGACAGAGAAAUGCUCUAGGUGUGGCGAUUCUGUUUAUGCAGCAGAGAAAGUAAUAGGAGCUGGAAAGCCAUGGCACAAAAACUGCUUCCGCUGUGCCAAGUGUGGAAAAAGCCUAGAAUCUACAACCCUAACUGAAAAAGAGGGUGAAAUUUAUUGUAAAGGUUGUUAUGCGAAGAACUUUGGCCCCAAGGGAUUUGGAUACGGCCAGGGAGCAGGUGCCCUUGUUCAUGCCCAGUGAGGGGGCUCAAAACCCCUUACAGCUCUGCUGAGAUCCUGCUAGAAGGAACAAGCAAGUUUCCUGUAUGUUACUAACUACUGUGAAACACAUACUAGUUACUGUAGUGCUUGGGCAUAAGUUCAGCAGACAAUUUAAAAAAACCCACACACACUGCUUUUUCCUUGCUUUGUGUAUCACACUGUAACACUUUUAAUACUGAGUAUCAAUUCAAUAAAGCUUUGCUUGUUGAUAUAUCCUAAA